AUGCUCGGCAUUAGGCAGCUCCUUGCGUUCCAAGCUAUCCCGCUCCCGCUCCGUGCACUCCAAGCUAUCUUGCUCCCGUUCCGUGCGUUCCAACUUUUUGUCCGUGCGUCCGGUCUCCAUGUCCUCAUCAAGAGGUACCUUAUCUCCACUUUCUUGCAGGGUCUAAAGGAAGAUACUCGAGUCCUCAUUCGAGUUGCCUGUGGAGGAAGCCUCAAUGAGAAGUCUUUUGACUUCAUCGAACAACAAAUCACUAAGAUGGCUAACGAGUGUGCUCCUUCCCACGAAUUCGUCAGAAAUAUUGGUUUUAAGGACAACCGUGCAGGUAAGGAAAGUCCAUCUGAAAUACAUGCUUUAUGUGCAGAGCUGGCCAAACUUAGAAUGCAGGUAGAAAACGUCCAUCAAAUCACUGAUCUGGAUGCAUCACGAGACGAGUACGUGCAUGAAGAUGUCAGCUACGUCGCCAACAAUCCGUACCCGAACACAUACAAUCCGGGUUGGAGGAAUCAUCCAAAUUUCUCAUACAAGAACUCCUCCAACGCUCUAAAUGCACAACACAACAAUUUCGGUGGUUCAUCUAUCCCGGGCUCCUCUCAAGGAAAUCAAUCUCAACCCCGAAAUGCCUACCAGCAUCAGAACCCAGCCCCUCAACACUACCGAGCUCCCCGUCAGCCUCCAUCUCAAACUUCGGUCUGCCUCCAUCUCAAACUUCGGCCUGACCCUGACAUCAAAUCUAUGCUUGCACAACUUAUGCAGGGUCAAGAAGCCAUUUGCACCGAGAUUGGCAAAGAGCUCGCUAACCCUAUCAUCACAUCUACGGAAAAAGGUCAGUGCUCUAACUCUGUUCCUACAUCUUUUCCUGACCCCAUAGCGGCUGAAAAAUCGACAAAGAUCUCGGGUGCUGAAGAACGCGACGACAUUCCACCGCCACCACGUCCGCCUUCGGUUCCUUUCCCUCAACGACUCAAGAAAACUAAAGAAGACACCCAAUUUGUUCGAUUUGCUGACAUGGUGCGUAAGUUGGAAAUCACUAUGCCAUUUCACGAGGUUAUCACUCAGAUGCCAUCCUAUGCCAAAUUCCUGAAGGACAUUCUCACAAAGAAGUGCGUCAUCGAGAAGGAAACCAUCACGCUUAAUCCCAAAUGCAGCGCCAUUCUUCAGCACGAUCUACCACCGAAGAUGUGCAGUGUAAAUCUCCUACCACUCUCCAUCUACAAGAAACUCAACGUGGGAGAACUCAAACCGACUCACAUGGCUCUUCAACUAGCUGAUCGUUCUGUCAAAUAUCCUCUGGGUAUUCUCGAGGACGUCCCGCUGAAAGUCGGCGAUUACUACGUACCGGUCGAUUUCGUUGUGCUUGACAUGGACGAAGACUCCAAAAUCCCGAUUAUUCUAGGGCGGCCGUUCUUAAACACUGCAGAUGUCAUUGUCCACGUUCGUGUCGGCCGACUGACACCCAAGAUCGGUGACGAAACGGUGAAAUUCACGCUCGAACAGAAUUUCAAGCAACCAUCUACAGUGGACUCUAUAUGUUAUAUCGACUUGAUGGAUGCUUUAGCCGAUGAGGGUUGCAGUACCUUUACGGAGCCUCAAAUUCACGCGUACACGUCAUUCCUAGACGGUUUAGACAGAAUGCCAGGCAAUACGGCAUUGUCGAAUACAAACACAGACCGUGUCGAUAUUCUGCCGAAAAACAUCGAACACACGACCGUGCAUCAUUUCGGGCCAGCCCGUGCACAACUCGACAUGGCCGUGUCGAGUAUGAACUCGGACCGUGUCGAUUCUCGGACUCAUUUCCAGCCUGUUCCUCUGUUCGAAUCUUUGCCCGUCUUCGCCGCCAAAUCAACCUCCAUGAAUCAUCUACCUGACUGGGAUCCUGUAGUCGCUCCGAAGCUCGAGCUAAAACCCUUGCCCAUAGGACUCAGGUAUACAUUUCUCGGUCUCGAUUCCACUUAUCCUGUUAUUGUCAAUGCUGCCUUGGAUGAUCUACAGCUCGAGCGUCUCCUCACCACAUUGCGAGACUACCGAAAAGCCAUCGGGUACACUCUAGAUGAUAUCAAAGGUCUCAACCCUUCAUUGUGCAUGCAUCGAAUUCAUCUGGAGGACGAUUCCAAAUCAUCCAUCAAACAUCAACACAGACUCAAUCCAUCGAUGAAGGAAGUCGUCAAGAAAGAGGUACUAAAACUUUUGGAUGCAGGUAUCAUUUACCCUAUAUUCGACAGCCCUUGGGUAAGUCCGGUUCAAGUCGUCCUAAAGAAAGGCGGUAUGACAGUGAUAAAAAAUGACAAAAAUGAGCUGAUUCCGACAAGAACAGUGACGGGCUGGCGUAUGUGCAUCGAUUACAGGAAGCUAAAUGCGAACACUCGCAAAGAUCAUUUCCCUUUACCUUUCAUUGAUCAAAUGCUUAAACGUCUUGCUCUUCAUUCCUAUUUUUGUUUUCUUGACGGCUACUCGGGAUUCUUUCAAAUCCCUAUUCACCCUAAUGAUCAGGAGAAGACAACUUUCACUUGCCUCUACGGGACCUUCGCUUAUCGGCGUAUGCCAUUUGGGCUUUGCAACGCCCCUCCUACUUUUCAACGAUGCAUGAUGGCGAUCUUCUCUGACAUUGUUGAAGAUUCGAUGGAAGUGUUCAUGGAUGAUUUCUCUGUCCAUGGAACUUCCUUCGAUGUUUGUCUGACUAAUCUGCGUAAAGUUCUGGAUAGAUGUUUGCAGGCCAAUCUAGUGCUCAAUUGGGAGAAGUGCCACUUCAUGGUACAGGAAGGCAUCGUCCUCGGACACAAGAUCUCCGACAAAGGCAUCGAGGUUGAUAGGGCAAAAAUCGAGGUGAUUGAGAAAUUACCGCCCCCGCACAAUGUUAAAGUCAUCCGCAGUUUCUUUGGUCACGCCGGUUUCUAUCAUCGCUUCAUCAAGGAUUUCUCCAAAAUCACCAAACCCCUCACCGAUCUCCUCUGUAAGGAUGUGCCUUUUGUUUUCACUAAUGAUUGCCUUGCAACUUUUGAAACGCUCAAAAAGGCGUUGAUUUCCCCGCCCAUCAUUCAACCGCCAGAUUGGGAUCUACCUUUCGAAAUUAUGUGUGACGCCAGCGAUUAUGCAGUAGGAAUCGUACUUGGACAACGCCGAAAUAAAGUUCUUCAUGCGAUCUACUAUGCCAGCAGAACUUUGGAUGAUGCUCAGGUAAACUACAGUACGACUGAGAAAGAACUGCUUGAUGUUGUCUUUGCAUUUGAAAAAUUCAGGUCCUACCUUGUCGGUUCCAAAGUCAUAGUCUACACCGAUCACGCCGCCCUGCGAUACUUCCUCUCCAAGAAGGAUGCUAAAUCGCGCCUCAUCCGUUGGAUAUUGUUUCUUCAAGAGUUCGACCUUGAGAUCCGGGACAAGAAAGGAGCCGAGAACGGAGUAGCUGAUCACCUGUCACGCCUUGAACUUCCCGAGCAACUUCCCAUUGAUGACAAUCUUCGCGAUGAGCACGUCUUCGCCAUCUCUACUCUUCCAGAGGCCCCGUGGUAUGCUGAUUACGUCAAUUACCUGGUAAGUACAAUUCUUCCACCAAAUCUAAGUUACAAUGCCAGGAAGAAAUUUCUCCACGAUGUCAGGAACUAUUUCUGGGACGAUCCUUUCCUCUUCAAGAGAGGAAUCGACGGUCUAUUCCACCGUUGCAUUCCUGAAGGUGAGAUUUUCAGUACCAGUGGAAUAGUAGAAGUUUCAAACCGCGAGAUCAAGUCCAUACUCGAGAAGACGGUAUCCAGAUCCCGAAAAGAUUGGGCCCUCAAGCUCGAUGAUGCCGUUUGGGCGUAUCGCACGACAUUCAAAACCCCCAUCGGGAUGACACUGUUCCAACUCGUCUACGGCAAGGCGUGCAAUCUCCCCGUGGAAUUGGAGCACAAAGCUUACUGGGCCAUCAAGCAGUUGAACUACGACCUCAAAUCUGCAGCCGAGAAACGAGUUCUCUCGCUCCAUCAUCUUGAGGAAAUCCGCCUUGACGUGUAUGAAAACGCAAAAAUCUACAAAGAGUGGACGAAGAAAUGGCACUACAAGCAUAUCCUCCAGCGUAACUUCCAGGUAAACGAUCUUGUCCUUUUGUUUAACUCACGAUUGCGACUUUUUCCAGGAAAGUUGAAAUCGCGGUGGUUUGGUCCGUUCAAGAUCAAAUCCGUAUCACCAAGUGGUGCGAUCGAACUAUGGGAUCAUUCCGGAGGACUCGGCCGUGUCAUCCCCUUUUUCGCCUUCCCCUCGCCGCCGCCACCGUGUCCCGCCGCUGCCGCCUUCCCCAUCACCGCUGUCGCCGCACUUUAA